AUGCUGCCCAUGGCAGCAGCAGAGGCAGUACCUGAACGAGGGCAGCAGUUGCUGUGCUGGGUCAUCGCGCCGUACGCGGGAUGUGCUCCAGCUCUGGGUGGGACGGAGGAGGAAAGCUCUGCUCCCGCCCAAACCAAGAAACCGGAGGAAUCUUCCCCAGCAGAGCCUCUGGUUAAAAUUAAGCUGGGGGAAGACGAAACUGAAAUAGAAUGUUUAAUCGAUACAGGAGCUACUUAUUCAGUUUUGAAUACGAAGAAACAUGAGUUAGGAUAUGAUACUGUAAGAAUUAUUGGUGCGACAGGAAAGCCGGAGACGCGGCCCUUCUUUAAACCUCUAAAAUUUAAAAUUGGAAAACAAUGGGUAACGCAUCAGUUUUUGUAUCUACCAGGUGCACCAAAACCUUUAAUAGGCCGAGAUCUACUAGAAAAACUAGAAGCUGAAAUAAAGUUUAAGAAUGGAGAAGUAGAAGUGUCAAUACCUGAAUCUAAAUUUGUCCAAGCUUCAAUACUAUUAUUGCAGGAAAUUGAGCAAGUGAAAAGAAAAAUCCCGGCUGAAGUUGAGGAUGCAGUGAUCCCUGUCGUCUGGGCAGGAGAAAUACCUGGAAAAUCAAAGAGGGCUGAACCCGUAAGAAUAGACCUUAUACCAGGAUCAACACCGGUAAGAUUGAAACAGUAUCCCUUAAAAUUAGAAGCUAAACUUGGAUUGGUACCUAUUAUACAAAAGUUUUUGAAAUAUGGGUUAUUAAGAGAAUGUGAAUCUAAGUAUAAUACUCCAAUUUUACCUGUUAAGAAAGCUGAUGGAAAAUCUUACAGAUUAGUCCAGGAUUUGAGAGCAGUAAAUCAAAUUGUCCAAGAUAUACAUCCGGUAGUGGCAAAUCCGUAUACAUUAUUAACUGCACUCACUGAGGAUCAGGGAUGGUUUACAGUUUUAGAUUUAAAAGAUGCCUUUUUCUGCGUCCCACUUGAUUCCGGAAGUCAGGAAUUGUUUGCCUUUGAAUGGGAGAAUCCUGAGACUGGAAGGAAAACCCAGUAUACUUGGACUGUAUUACCGCAAGGAUUCAAAAAUAGUCCAACAAUCUUUGGAAAUCAACUAGCAAAAGAAUUAGAAUUAUGGAGACAAGAAAAUAGAAAUGGAGUAAUGCUACAGUAUGUCGACGAUAUACUAAUAGCUGGGAACUCCCGAGAGGAAUGCUUGGAACUGACAGUCAGUUUAUUAAAUUUCCUCGGACUCAGUGGUUACCGAGUGUCGAAAGGAAAGGCCCAAAUUGCACAGGAAACUGUAAUAUAUUUGGGCUUUGAAAUUCUGAGGGGACAGAGACAAUUAAGUAAUGAAAGGAAAGAAGCUAUUUGUCAGCUUCCAGAACCUCGAAAUGUUCAUGAGUUGAGAACCUUUUUAGGAAUGGUGGGAUGGUGUCGUUUAUGGAUUGCUAACUAUGGACUGAUGGUAAAACCCUUGUAUGAAUUAUUGAAGUCAUCAAAAGGUCCCCUGCAAUGGACAAAUGAAGAUCGAAAUGCAUACAUUCAACUCAAAAGAGCUCUGAUGAAGGCCCCAGCUUUGGGACUGCCUAAUUUAGAAAAGCCAUUUGAAUUAUUUACUCAUGAAAGACAAGCAAUAGCCCUUGGAGUUUUAACCCAGCGACUGGGAGAAUAUAAAAGGGCUGUGGCCUACUUUUCUAAACAACUUGAUCCGGUGAGUCAAGGAUGGCCAAGUUGCCUAAGAGCAGUAGCUGCAACAGUGUUAUUAAUACAGGAGGCUCGAAAACUUACUAUGGGACAAAAGAUAACUGUUUAUGUUCCACACAUGGUGACCACAGUAUUGGACCAGAAGGGUGGACAUUGGUUGUCUCCUAGUAGAAUGCUAAAAUAUCAAGUAGUACUAAUAGAACCAGAUGAUGUGACCUUAAAGACUACUGCCGUGAUUAACCCUGCCAUGUUUCUCUCAACUCGACAAGAAGGCGGCAAACCGGAACAUGAUUGUCUGCAGACCAUUGAGGAAGUCUAUUCAAGCAGACCCGAUUUAAAGGAUGUUCCCUUGCAGAAUCCAGAUUGGGAGCUAUACACGGACGGCAGCAGCUUUAUGAAAGAGGGAAAGCGGGUAUCAGGAUAUGCAAUCACCACCGUCGAAACAGUGGUGGAAGCACAAGCACUGCCCAGCAAGACGUCAGCUCAGAAGGCCGAACUGAUAGCUCUCACCCGAGCUCUACAGUUAAGUGCAAAUAAGUGUGUGAAUAUUUGGACAGAUUCUAAAUAUGCUUUUGGAGUAGUGCAUGCACAUGGAGCAAUUUGGAAGGAAAGAGGAUUGUUAUCCUCACAAGGUACGGAGAUAAAGCAUAAAGAAGAGAUCUUGAGUCUACUGGAGAGCAUAAAGGCUCCGGCUGCUGUAGCUAUUAUGCAUUGUAAAGCUCAUCAGUCGGGACAAACCGCUCAGGAGCGAGGAAAUAAGCUGGCUGAUUUGGCCGCAAAGCGGGCUGCAGAAAAAGGCAUAGAAGAAAAUGUAUUAGCAAUAGUGCCAGGAAAACGAAUCUCCCUUCAAGAGAACCCUAUUUACGAUAAACAAGAUAAAAGACUAAUCGAAACUUUACAAGCAGAAAGACGAGAAGACGGAUGGGCAGUUACACCUACAGGUUUAGUAGUAAUACCACAUUCCCUUAUGAAUAGUUUAGUAAAGGAAGAACAUAACACUGUGCACUGGGGGACUGAAAAUUUGUUAAAACAUUUACAGAAGUCGGUUAUUAGCAGAAAUAUGGUGGAAAUUAUUAAGUCAAUCACACAAAGAUGUGAGCUAUGUUGUAAAAACAACCCAAAAACACAGAAUAAAAUUCAAUUUGGAAAAACUACUGAGGGACAGGCACCUGGGGAGUAUUGGCAAAUAGAUUUUACCGAAUUGCCAAGAAAAGGAGGACUAAAGUAUUUGUUGGUCCUUGUGGAUACCUAUACAGGAUGGCCUGAGGCCUUUCCAUGUCGCACCAAUAAAGCAAAAGAAGUAGUAAAAAUAUUAUUAAAAGAAAUAAUUCCAAGAUUUGGAGUACCUUUAGGGAUGUCAUCAGAUAGGGGUCCACAUUUUAUAGCCAAAGUAGUUACCGAAAUAAGCAGACUGUUAGGUAUUAGCUGGGAUUUACAUACCCCUUAUAGGCCUCAAUCUAGUGGUAAAGUAAAAAGAAUGAAUUACACCCUCAAGACUCCGUUAAGUAAGAUAUGUCAGGAAACCUCAAUGAAUUGGACACAGGCCUUGCCUUUAGCUUUGUUAAGAAUUAAGUCCAACCACAAGGUAGACAACAUUUCAGCCUGUACAAAUUGA